AUGACUAGAUUUGCCUCUGGAACAAGGACCGACAUAAAACAAUUACUACAUAAACCUGAAGGGUUACAAAACCUCCUCCAAGAUAUUUCGGCCAAAGGAUGGCUCAUUGAGAAUACUCAAAGCCUUGACUACUCUGUUGACCAGGAAAUUGCUGACUUUUUCGAGCGGACUACAGCGACUCGCUCAGACUGCGAUGCUUUUGCAAGAGAACAUCUUGGUGGUGAAUUCGUUCCGGUAGCUGUACAGGGAGUAUGCGGCUAUACCGUCUAUGCUGGACCAAAAGACGAAUUUGUCGCUCAAUUCCGCCUCAAGUUCUCUUGUAUAGACAUGGAAACAGUAAAUUUGGCACGCACUAUUUAUGGAGGUUUUGCACCUAAGGCUGUCUUUAAGGGACAGACUGGGGAAGAUGUGUUGGGAAAAGAGGCCCUUUAUAUCUAUGUCAUGGAUAGAAUACAGGGAAUUAGCUACUCAAAUAUUAUACUGGCCCAUAACAAUCAAUUUCUCGAAACUUCAGUCGAUUUUCCUUCAUGGCGCAAGAAUUUGGUACUCGACGUCACAAAGUUCUUUGCGCUUUCGUGGAAAUCACCUCAAAUCGUUGAUCAGAGCUACUGCGAUAUUACUACACAUUUCUCUGCCAAUCAAUUUCGCCCCUUGAUCCAGAAUUCAAUCAGCUCUUUGCCUGCUAUCUUUUCUCUCCCUAUGGUGUUAUUACAUAGGGAUUUUGGUGUCUGCAAUAUGAUGGUGAACGAAAUCACAUGCAAUCUAGUUGGGGUGGUGGACUGGGCCGAAGCAGAGGUUGCAUCAUUUGGCCUAAACCUUCACUCUCACCAACGACUGAUAAGUAAGGUCCAUCUCAAGGGCGGUUGGGUGAGAUACGACGAUAACGUCACAUUGGAGGAUAUCUUCUGGAGCACUUUCACUAAUGAAGCUGGAGGACUGAGCGAUGAGACAGUCAAGACAAUCGAAGCAGCGAGAAUUGUCGGCUUGUUGUUGUCGCGCGGUUUCACUAGUCGUCUUUCAAAAACCACGGAGGUAGUACCUAUUCGGGAUGAUAAAAGUAGAGCAUACAACAUGCGUGAUCUAGAUGGAUUAUUAAUCAAUCCGGCCACGAGGUUUAUAGAUCUGGCAUAA